AAAUUUGACUGAAAACACCAAAGACAUUUCAAAAUCCUAACAGCCAACAAUGGCAACUGGCUAAAGCUGCACUGAUGAGACUAAACAUGACAACAAUGUGGGAACAUGUUGGUGACUCAGUUGGUUCAGAAAAGCUUUCUGAAUGCACUCUUUAUCAUUCAGUCAUCCAUUUGGUCACAUUUAUUUGACAAGGCAAGCCAGGUGUACCUUUCCAAGUGCUUUGCAAGCCAUAAAAGACAUCAAAAUAGAAAAAAAACAAAAAAACCCACAAAUUUACACUCACAGGCAUUUCAGAUAAGGUCUAAAUGAAAACCCUUAAGCUUUUCAGUGAAUUCAGCCCAUGUACUGUACAUGCUUAAAAAUAAGAUAUCCAGAGUCUGGUGAUGUUUGCAAAGGCAGAUCUAAUGUUACUCUUAUGUAAAGCACAUAAGUCAUGUUAAAAAUGCUCAGGAACCACAAGAUCCCUCUGAGUCUUUCUUUUCAGAUUUAUGCCAAUUUUAGUCAAUUAAAUACUUUUUGCCGACUGACCCAUGAAAUCAAUGCCUGGCUUAAACAUGCAUCUUUAAUUGCUGUUCUACAUUAAUAGGCUAAUCAAUAUUUAUAUGCAAAUAUAUUGCUUUUAAUAACAUCUACAUCACCCUCACAAGUCCACAUUCUGUGAACAUUCUGCUCGUUAACAGCAGCAAAACUUAUGUAACAUUAUCAGCCCUCUGCCGCACACACACAGUACAUACUGAUGUGUAACACCUGCCACAAGCAAUUUACCUUCACUACGCUUCAGCCUGCAAAAGGAUGGGGCACCCUGCUGAUUUCUCUUUAAACUAUAUAUUCUAUAGCUUAUACUCUGCCUAUUACAGGUCUUUCAUGCCAAGAGAAAAUAAUUAAAGACCAGAGAACCCUGGACCAGCUGAACCCCUGUGAUCAGCAUUCAGUGAUGCCCCCUUCAAGAUUGCUGUGGGCAUCAGGAAGAAGUCGAAAGUGCCUGGUGUCAUGAUAACACAAUUUAUGGAGGAACUUCCAGAGGGAAUGUCAACUCCAGAUUUCACCCGCAAACCCAUCGCUUUGACUAUUCAAGAGGGUAAAUAUGCAGUCUUUAAGGCCAAAGUGGUGGGUACCCCAACACCUACUGUAACAUGGAGUAGAGCAAACGGAGAAAUACAUUUUCACCCUGACUUGUGCCUGCAAAAGUAUGAUGAGGCAUCUCAGGAACAUACAAUUGAGUUUCCUAAAGUCGCCCCAGAGGAUGCUGACACCUACAAGUGUUUUGCAACAAAUGAAUAUGGAAGAGCUGUUUGCACUGUUGUCCUGAAUGUCAUUGCGGUUGGAUUCUCUAAGACCAAAGAACUUCAGAAGGCACAAGGAGAAGAUGUAACAGACUUCAGGAAAAAACUUAAAAAACGUAAUCCAGAUGGAACACGAGAGGAAAAGACAAUGGAGCCAGAGGAGAAGGUCUGGGAAAUUCUUCUUAGUGCAGAUAAGAAAGACUAUGAGCGCAUCUGUGCUGAGUACGGCAUCACAGACUUCCGCGGCAUGCUGAAAAAACUCAAUGAAAUGAAGAAAGAGAGGGAGGAGGAGAUUGCAGAGUUUGUCACACAAAUCAGCACACUCAAACAUAUUGAGGUCAGUGACAACGACUAUGCAACUAUUGAAUUGGACAUGGACCUCAAGGACCCAACCAGCAAAAUUUACCUAUACAAGGAUGGUGUCAUGGUUCCAUUCAGCAAAGAAGAAAGUGAUACAAUGAAGCAUAACUUGAAACAAGUUGGCAAGAAAUAUGUCUUCACAAUUAAAAAACUGGGUUCAGAGGAUGCUGGACUCUACUCAGUGGAUGUUGAGGGCGUCAAUGUUUUCUCCACAGAUUUCAAAGUGCCCGAAGUUGACUUUGCUGUCAAAAUACAAGAGGUUAAGGCAGAAGAACGAGAGGAUGCCCUCUUUCAGUGUGUUCUGACUGCACCUAUGAGUGAGAUUAAAUGGUUUGGCAAAAGUGCUCCAUUGUCAAAUAGUGAAAAACAUGAAAUCAUUGUAUCUGAAGAUAAGCUUAUCCACAAGUUGAUUGUGCGGGACUGUUUGCCUUUGGAUGCUGGUAUCUAUGCUGCUGUGGCGGGAAUCAAAUCCUGCAAUGCUUGGCUUGUAGUUGAAGCUGACAAAGAUCCUGCCAACAAGGGCAAGAAGGCAGCUCGAAAAACUACUGUGGCUGGCAGCAGUAACGAUGAAGAUCUGAUAAGAAUAGCUAAGGAACAGCAGGAAAUAUACCAGAAAGAACUGGAAAAAAAAUUGGAAAUGGCAAAGAAGGCUCAAGCAGAGAAGGAAGCUGCAGACGCAGUUACCCAAGCAGAGGCUGAAGCAGCCAAAAAGGCAGCGGCUGAAGCCAAAGCUGCUGCUAAGGCUGCAGCUAAGGCUGCUGCAAAGUCAAAAAGGGCAGCAGCUGGCAAGGAAGGAGCUGCAAGGAAAACUAAGAAAAAACAAGGUGAUGCAGCUGGUGGUGCAGACUCCACUGCAGAUGGUGCUGGAGGCCCUGGUGUUCCUGGAGUUACUGGUGAUGCUAGUGGUGGUGGCAGUGCUGGUGGUGCCGGGGGUGAUGGAACAGAAGGUGGUAAAGGUGCUGGCAAAGGCAUUGGAGUUGGUGCUGGUGGUGUUGCAGGUGUUGUGGGUGGAGGAGAAGAUGGAAGUGGACCUGUAGCUAAAGGUGGAGCUGGAGGAGCCGGAGGAGCUGGAGGUGUUGGAGGAGCUGGAGGAGCUGGAGGAGCUGGAGGUGAAGGUUUCGGAGAAGAUUUUGAGGGAGAAGAGGAUUACGAUUCAUUUGAAGAUUUUGAUGAUGAAACUGAGGAAGAGGGAGAAGGAGGAGAGGGAGGAGAAGGAGGAGAAGGAGGUGGAGAAGGAAGGAAACGCAAGAAACGUGUGAGAGAAGGUCCACUUGUGCCAGAUACAGUGAUAGGAGAUAAUAAUGAUGAGGAAACCAUAAAUCAACAAGGUGAAAAAUCUGGGAAAAAAGGAAAACGUCCCAGAAAGAAAAAUGUGGAGGUUGAAGAAGCUGUUGUUGCAAAAAACACAGAAGCGAGUGGUGCCAGUGGUGAUAACGGCACCGGGCCAACAGCAGGCAGUGAUGAAUCUGCUGAAAACGGUGAGGGUGCAGACGGUGGUGAGCCGGCAGCAGCUGGCAAGCGUUCUGGCCGUGCACGGCAAGGCCCAUUGAUCGUGGAAACAGUUAGUGACCCAGGAGUUCACUUUCAUGCUGGACUUUCUGACUGCAAAGUCAUUAUUGGAGAACCAGCAGAGCUGGAGUGUAAACUGAGCAGUGAAGAGUGUCAGGGAAUCUGGUACAAAGAUGGAGAUGAGAUUAAGUCAUCUGAGGGUAUAACCAUUUCAAAAGAGGGAAGUUUCCACAAGCUGAAAAUUCACAAAGUCACAGAGGAAUAUGCUGGAAAAUACAAAUUUGAAGCAGAUGGAAGGAAGACAGAGGCCUUGAUUGUUGUUGAAGAUCCACCCAGAUUUGAUGCCGAGGAGCUGGAGGUCUUUAAAACCCCUGUAACUGUGAAAAAAGGACAAAAAGCUUCCUUCAAAUUACCUUAUAUUGGACGGGAUCCUAUAAAAGUUCAGUGGUACCUCGAUGGUGAAGAGCUGUCAGAUGAAGCAAAUAUCAAGAUAGAGCACUCAGAAGGUUACAGCCGUCUGCUUCUAACUAAGUUGCAGCGUAAGGACAGCGGUGAAGUGAAGAUGAAACUCAAAAAUGAGUUUGGCACUGUUGAGGCCUUCAGCCAGCUUGUUAUAUUGGACAAACCCACUCCUCCAAUGGGACCUCUAGAGAUCGUUGAAGCGUCCUCCUCUGUUAUUGAAUUCAAAUGGAGGCCCCCAAAGGACAGUGGUGGCUGCAAGAUAGCUAAUUAUAUCCUUGAAAGACAACAAGUUGGUCGCAACACCUGGAAGAAGGUGGGGCCAAUCGGCACAGAGACUAAAUACAGGGACACUGAUGUAGACCACGGCAGGAGGUACUGCUAUCGCAUCAGAGUGGAGACUGAAAUGGGCACCAGUGAGAUGAUGGAAACAGAGGACAUCCAAGCUGGUACAAAAGCAUACCCUGGACCUCCAUCAGCACCAAAGGUUGUCAGUGCCUUCAAGGACUGCAUCACCCUCUCAUGGUCUCCUCCAGCCAACACUGGGGGAACUAAUAUUCUGGGAUACAACCUUGAGAAACGCAAGAAGGGCAGCAACCUGUGGGGUCCAGUCAACCCACCAAACGAGAUGAUCAAAGCAAAGGGAUUCGCAGUUAAAGAUGUGGUUGAGGGCAUGGAGUACGAAUUCCGUGUGUCAGCAAUCAAUAACUCUGGAGCAGGUGAAUUCAGUACCCCAUCUGAGUUCGUGUUUGCCAGAGACCCUAAAAAGCCUCCUGGUAAAGUCCUAGACUUAAAAGUGACAGAUUCCACCUACACAACUCUGUCUCUGUCUUGGACCAAACCCAAGGACAUUGAGGGGGUUGAGGAUGAAGCCAAAGGAUAUUUUGUGGAGAUCAGGCCUGCAGAAAAUACUGAAUGGGAUCGCUGCAAUUCAAAUGCAAUAACCAUGACUUCCUACACAGUGAAAGGUUUGAAGUCAAUGGCCAUGUACUGGGUGAGAGUCUUUGCUACUAAUGAUGGAGGAGAUGGAGAGACACAGGAACUGGAUAAUUAUAUCCUUGCCAUGCCUCCUCCUGUGAGACCACGAUUCACGGAUGCAAAAAUCAAGAGUUUCAUGGUGGUGAGAGCAGGCAAUUCUGCACGCUUCAACAUUAACUUUGAGGCCUCCCCUUGGCCUGAUAUCAUCUGGCAGAAAGACGGAGGGCCAGUGUCUAAAAAGGUGACCAUCAGUAACACAGAGGGCACAUCCCAGAUUCUGAUUCCUUCUGCUGAGCGCUCAGAUACUGGAAUCUACACUAUCAUUAUCAAGAACAUUGUUGGCCAAGAAACAUUUAGCAUUGAAAUUAGAGUCACAGAUGAGCCUAAGCCACCAGGUCCUGUUGAAAUCGAUGAAAACGUGCCUGGCACAGUGACCAUUUCAUGGACCCCAUCUCCAGACGAGAAACGUGAUGACAGGCUGCACUACAUGGUGACUAAACGUGAUUCAAGUAAAAGACAAUGGCACACCAUUGCAGAUCGUAUCUUCAACAACAGAUUCACAGCCUGCAACAUAAUGCCAGGGCGAGAGUACCAGUUCAGAGUCUAUGCAAAGAAUGACAUGGGCUCCUCCAAACCCUCCGAAUCACCAAAAUGGCUGAUCUCUAGCAAAAAAGAAAAGUUCACUAUAAACAUGCCAGAAACAAAGGUCUGUAAUCUUCAGUGUCCUCCCAAGUUCAUUGUCCCACUGAAAUUGCACACUGCCCCUCAAGGGUAUGAGUGCUACAUGAGCUGUGCCAUAAAAGGGGACCCAACACCUCAUGUGACAUGGCUCCGCAACAAUAUCAGUCUGAAUACCAACACUAACUACCACAUCACAAACACCUGUGGAGUCUGUUCUAUGCUCAUAUUGAGGGUUGGACCCAAAGACACUGGGGAGUACAAGGUUGUUGCAGAAAACGCUAUGGGAAGGGCUGAGUGUGCCACUAAACUGUCAGUCAGAGAAUAAAUGAAUGCACUGAAGAUGGUAGAACUGCUGUAAAACCCUAACAGAAAUUAAGUAUUGUUGGCAAUUCACGUAAUGCAUCUUUUAAGUUAAGCAAACCAUACCAAAUGUAGAAUGUGAUCUUAUUUGAUACUGCCUGUGGUACUUUCCUGUUUAUACUACUAGUAUACUAGUACUAUUUGGUGAAACUCACAGUGAGGUAUACAAAAUGUUACAGGCAUACAAAAUAUUGCUAAAAUAAAAGUCACAACAUGUCACAACAUGUUCUGUUUGUUUUGAUUUUAAGUGGACAAUUUCAAUAAAGUGAAAGCUUGCAAUACAAAUGUGUAAUAUUGCAUAUUUUGACUGUAAUAACAUGCACAUUAAACAGAAAAAAAGAUGGUGUGUAACUGUGAUUUUAAAAGUGCUAUUGUGAGAUGUUUGUCUAAUGGGUAUGGACGUAUUAAUUAAUUUUUAGAUACAGGUUUCCAUUCAAGUAUAUUCAAAUUGUUUGAUAUGGUAUGGUAUAGUUUGGUGUUUUUCCAUAAUUGUGCAUUUUAAAUCUUCCCCUAAAUUGAAACUGAUGAGAUAAAAUACUAGCAUUAAAAAUUUAUAUGAUACCAACUUUCACAGUCUAUUCUACAUAUGAAAAUACAUGUGUGCUUGGUGUAAAUAAAUAUUUCGUACUGCUAUUGUGAUGAAAUCUUAUGUGAAAUUUUCCUGAUCUGCAUGUUGACUUUAAAGGACAGUAAAGUCUUAACAGAAAAUAAAUGUAUGUGUAUAAAGAUUCAUAAAAAAAAAAAAGUUUAUACAUAUAUGCUAAUAGACAUGGACAUAGAUUAUGGGGGUCAAACUUGAUAUAGUAAGGAAGUAUAAAAAUUAAUACCACUUGUUCACCUCCAUGAAGGUUUAUGUGAACAAGUUCCAUCUAGUCUUCUUGUAUUACCUCUUUGAGCAUUUUUGUGGGGUCAGAUGUUUGUCCAAGUUUAGAGUCACAGAAGAAGACAGGGGAGACAGUUACACCCAGGGCUAAAACAUGACCAGUGCCAGGUGACACCUCUCAAUUUCAAAGUGCCUAUUACAAUGCUAAUGUAAAA